AUGGAAGACGUAUAUGUGGAGUGCGAAUAUGAAGUGGACAUAUAUGUAGUUGACGUAGAGGAAGUUGACAUAGAAAUAGUGGACAUAAUAGUAGAUGUAGUGGACACAGAUGUAGUGGACGUAGAUGUAGUGGACAUAGAUGUAGUGGACAUAGAUGUAAUGGACGUAGAUGAAGUGGACGUAGAUGUUGUGGACAUAGAUGUAGUAGACGUAGAUGUAGUGGCCAUAGAUGUAGUGGACGUAGAUGUAGUGGACGUAGAUGUAGUGGACAUAGAUAUAGUGGACAUAGAUGUAGUGGACGUAAAUGUAGUGGAAAUAGAUGUAGUGGACGUAGAUAUAGUGGACGUAAAUGUAGUGGACAUAGAUGUAGUAGACGUAGUGGCCAUAGAUGUAGUAGACGUAGAUGUAGUGGCCAUAGAUGUAGUGGACGUAGAUGUAGUGGACGUAAAUGCAGUGGACAUAGAUGUAGUGGACGUAGAUGUAGUAGACAAAGAUGAAGUUAAGGUAGAUGUGGUGGACGUAGAUGUAUUGGACGUAGAUGUAGUGGACAUAUAUGUAGUGGACGUAGAUGCAGUGGACGUAAAAGUAGUGGACAUAGAUGUAGUGGACGUAGAUGUAGUAGACAUAGAUAUAGUGGACGUAGAUGUAGUGGACGUAGAUGUAGUCGACAUAGAUAUAGUGGACGUAGAUGUAGUUGACGUAGAUGUAGUGGACAUAGAUGUAGUGGACGUAGAUAUAGUGGACGUAGAUGUAGUGGACAUAGAUGUAGUGGACAUAGAUGUAGUAGACGUAGAUGUAGUGGCCAUAGAUGUAGUAGACGUAGGUGUAGUGGACGUAGAUGUAGUGGACAUAGAUGUAGUGGACGUAGAUGUAGUGGACAAAGAUGGAGUUAAGGUAGAUGUUGUGGACGUAGAUGUAGUUGACAUAUAUGGAGUGGACGUAGAUGUAGUGGACGUAGAUGUAGUGGACGUAAAAGUAGUGGACAUAUAUGUUGUGGACGUAGAUGUAGUGGACGUAAAAGUAGUGGACAUAUAUGUUGUGGACGUAGAUGUAGUGGACGUAGAUGUGGACAAAGAUGGAGUUGACGUAGAUGUGGUGGACGUAGAUGUAGUGGACGUAGAUGUAGUGGACGUAGUUAUAGUGGACGUAGAUAUGGAGAAGAACGAUGUCGCGAUGAAGAACGACCGCGCCCGUGAGGCCUCAGCGAAACGCGUCGCGAAUAGGGUGACACGAGAUGUUCUCCUAGAGAUAUUGCACGCUCCCACUUGGAUAACACAAGCGAUGGAUAUAUAUUUACAUAUGUCAAAAUCAAAAGGAUGA